UGUCAGUUGUCAAUACGUAAAGCUGAAACGAUGGCAACACUGAAUACAGCUUUUGGCAGUUGGCUUCGCUGUCAAUUGGAAAAUGGCAGCGACAAGUGUUGUCGUUCUUGAUAGAGGCAACAAUACAACUUGUACCGUAAACCUUUUCGGAGCUACGGUAGUAUCAUGGCGUGUGAACAACCAAGAACAAUUAUUUGUUAGUAAACAAGCAGUUUUCGAUGGCAAAAGGGCGAUACGGGGAGGAAUACCAUUUGUAUUUCCUCAAUUCGGACAAUGGGCGUUCGGUCCUCAGCACGGGUUCGCGCGGGUGGCACGCUGGCACGUAGAGAAGAUGCCGGAGCGGCUCCCCAGCGGCGACGUGGAGGCGGUCUUCAGCCUUAUGGAUGACGAUUUCACGAGGUCCAUGUGGCACUUCCAGUUCAGACUAACGUACCGGUUAAUACUACGCGAGAAGGAGUUGCAUUUCAACAUCGGCGUGUACAACCCGAGCAAAGAGCUGACGUUCAGCUGCCAACUGCUUCUACACACGUACUUCAAAGUGCCUGAUGUUCGCCGCUGUCAGAUCACCGGCAUGCAUGGCUGCAUGUUCAUCGAUAAAACACGAGAGGGCGCUGUCUACCAAGAGACCCGCGAGGUGGUCACCAUCAACGAGUGGACGGACAGGAUUUACCAGAACACGAUGCAGGAGCACAUCAUCACGAAUGUGGUCAGCGGGCGCAAGAUGAGGAUACAGAAAUAUAACUUCCCUGAUACUGUGAUUUGGAACCCGUGGGCGGAUUACGCGAAAGAGAUCCCGGACUUCGGCGACGACGAGUUCCCGAAUAUGGUGUGCGUGGAGGCGGGCCGCGUCGCUGCACCCAUCGUGCUGCUGCCCGGCACCGCUUUCGAGGCCAGCCAAAUACUGCAGGUGAUGUAAGCAGGAGGCACUAAUAAACACAUACAGCCGUCCAGAGUCAAUUGUAAGAAUCUAUAUGGAGACAGUUUUUAGUUGAGCGCGGCUGCGCACACGGUUGUGCCGAAGUACCAACUUAUGGGUACCUCGAAUGUUAAUAGAACACUGUAGGACUAUCGUCAGAACAAAGUUACUGCUCUUUUAUAUUGUUCUAUCAGGAUAUGAUUAUAGAUCCAGAUCAACAAAUAAGUGUAGAUAAAUCUAUAUAUAUAUAAUAAUUAGCGGCUCGGUACGUGUUUUGCUACGUAUAAAGUGAAAUAAUAAUAAAAAUUAAUUUUUCACAUCAAAUUCAUUUAUUCAAACAAAAAAAAUAUUUUAUUAAUUGCUAGCUAUUUUAAUUGUACUGUCAACACUGAAAAAAAAUUAAUUUGACGGCACAAUCCCCAUCUUUAAAAAGUUUGAAUUUGACACAAAAAUCCCCAUUACCAAAAUGAUCCGCCAUUUAUUGAAUUAAUUUGUUACAAAAAAUGUGAUAAAUGAAGAACCGCUCGACCGAUUUUGUGCAAAUUUCACAUAAACCAUCUACUAAAUAGUCCGAACAAAGCUUAAACAUUUGGUUUGGAUAGGUGAGCCCGUUCUUGAGUUAUAAAAAUUGCAACGAAAAGUGGCAUUAAUUUUUAUAUAUAUAGAUAAUGAAGCCACAAUGCCAUGCUCAAAUAAAUUAAUAUGCGCUCGCUCAUGCACGUACACUUUUCCACCAAAACCAUUUUUAUUGCCAGUUAAAAUAUUUUUACACAAACAUGUUGCCAGAAUUGUUAAUAAAUUACAUUUAAAACCAUUUAGUUUGAUAUUUCUUCUUCUUUAUUUUCAUUAGGUACACUUCGACGUUCAUAAAUAUUGUUAUAUAUGUUGAUAAAAUAUAUUCAUUCAAAUAAAAUAAAAAAUAUGGGAAGCUUAACUCCCAUUCUAAAAAAAAUAGUUAUAGUUUAUGAUUAGGUUGUUUAUACCUUUUUGUUGGUCUGUGAUUUGUUUUUUCUUAUUUGGUAAACAAUAUUGUCAUUCUAUAAAAAAAAUAAAUAAAAUAAAUAUAACCAAAAUCUUUAAUGUUUCGAUUGUAAAAUGACAUGCCGAGAUUGUUUACUAAAAAUGACAUGUAAAGAAUACGGACUAAAGUGCCGUUUAUUUGUGAGUAAAAUUUAGUUGAAGAAAUUUUAAAUUAACUUUGUUCCGUCGCUAGGCUAGUAGCUAGAGUUUAAACAUACGGUAGUUAGUAUUAUUUUAAAAACAUUAGACUAUUUUGCCUUUUAUUAUAAUCUUAUUGUGAGGUAUUUUUUCUUGCCAGCGUCACACAUUCGUAUAAAAUUGAAAUUAUCAUUAUAUUUUUUGUAUCUAAAAUAUCGGUUUAGUAAUUGAUGACUUCGAUAUUCAAUACAUCAAAUAUUGAAAAUCAUAACAAUAAUUGAUUUUAUUACUUGUACAUUUAAGCUUUUUUGAAUUACGACUGUAAUGCCAGAUAAGGUACUCAGAGGCAAUAGUAUACUGUUACCGAAAUUCCGACGUUGCCACACUUUGGUAAGCUUCGGUAUAAAUUAUCGAAUAAUAAAAUAUCAUCUCUCUCAAUAUACAGUAGAAAAUAUCUAGCAUUAUUUUCGUUUUUCAUACUCAAAAGUUGUUAUUUUCGAAUACAUAGUAACAACUUAUGUUACUAUGUAUUCGAAUUACCUUAUUAUAUAUAUUAUUAUAUGUUUACAAUUACCAACCGUGUGUAUCUGAAUGUAAGACAUCGCAUUGUCGAUUUUUCUGAAAUUCAUUAUUUUUCUGAAAUUCAACACAUUGUUUUCUAUAUUGAGUUCACUGGAGAAUUGAAUCAAAUAUGUAUACUUUUUAAGACCUUUAAUUUUGAUUUUCGAAUAAAAAACAGUAAUUAAGAAUGGUACACCAUUGUUAUCUAUACCUACACACUUCGAAUUUUGAAUUUAUUUUUUAAAGCCCAUUGUUUAUUUUGUAGCCAGUAACGCACAACUCAUGUAGCAUUUGAUAGUAUGUAGUUUAUAAGAACAGUUUAUUAUUAUUCCGCUGUAUAAAAAUAAUUUACAAAUUGUAUAGUUCGUGUUUCGUGCUAUGAUGUAAGAGAUCUGAAAAAAAAAUUAUAUUUUAAUGCUCAAUGGAUGGUUUCUGUGCUAAUUAUGGGGACAAUAAAAUUUUCCACUGUUCUCAAUUGCAAAAGGUUGUUUUAUAUAAUGUAUUUUUUAAAACAUACAAUUGUUAUUAUUACGCUCAAAAUAAAAUCGUGAUAAAAAAUAUAAGUUAAUAUCAUGGAUCCAAUCUGUUAGUUAACAUUCGGAACUUUAAACAUUUUAACCUGCAGUUUUAACGUAAAAACAAUAAAUGAAGUAAACGAUUAUUCAUUCUUGUUAACAAUUUCAUUACCAAUAUUGUUUUAUCUAAGCUCAGUUUGUAACGAAAUAAAAAAAUAACAUUCCAAGUUUAAAAAAACCUGCUAUCUACAUUCUACAUCAACAUUCCUCGUCGAGUAUUUUUAAUAGUAAAUAAGCUCUAAUUUAGCGACUGUUUACUGUUUUUUUUAAGUUGUGAUAAAUAAUGUACGUAGUAUUGGGAUGUUGUUGCGAUUAGACGUUUCUUUGAAGGCCUAGUUAAAAUGCAAUGAACUCAGGCGACGACAAAGGAAGCGUCUACGGGCUGCGGUGGCUGUAUACUAUCACGCGAGCCGCAUGAAUAACAAGUAUUUAGUUCAAGCAUAGGGAGUCGACGAAUUUCAUUUAAAAAAUAAGGUUUAAUUCGAUAAAGCUAAACUACUAGAGAAUGAUUGUGGAAUAAAAAGCUUUGUUUUUCACUUAUCUGCGGUAAUAGGUUUCAUUUAGCAAGUUCUUAAUUCAAUAUUAGGAAUAUUUUUUUAUUAAUGUUACUACAUAAUUAGUUUCUUCCUUCCUUUUUUGUUUUGCAUUUAUUAGUUUUUUGUUGAAACACUAGUUCCGUAGUUUUUUUGGCUGGCAAUAUUUCUUGUUUGGAAGUCUUUUUUAGAAUAUAACAGAAUACUCAGAGCACUUGUUUUCAUGAUUUACUGUUUACUACUAACUAAUGUUUGCAUCAUGUUUUUAAUAAUAAUGUGUUAAUAUAUUUUUUGGUAUCUUUUCAAUGGAACGAAAGCCUCAUAAUUGAUUCAUCUGUUAAGACUUCGAUGAUCAGUAAAUGUUAUAUAUUCAAAAGAUAAUGUGUACAUACUCAGGCGCAAUUUUGUACAAAUUGAUAUGUUUAUAGUACAUUUAUUUUGAAUUUUUAUUUGGAACAUUUUGGAGGCUUUUAUGGUAUACGACGAUUAAUAUAAGAAUAUGUACUUAGAUAUAAUGAGUUCCUUGUUUUUUAUCUAUACAGACAAUUGGGUAGGUACUUUAAAUAUUAAUAUUAUCCAAUACUGUCAUAUCAGCAUCAAAGAUGUGUUAAUAAUAGCAAUAUUGUAUUAUGUAUUGAUACAUAGUAGGAUUUUGAUGCUGUUCACAAUUUAUAAUGUAGGGAAAGUGAGAUAAAAAUUCCAUUGUAGUAAUUAUGAAACCGAUAAACGGUCAUAUCCAUAGACAAUUAAGGUGGAUUUUUAAAUACAUAUUUGUGCAUGGAGCCAAGAAGCGUGCAUAGUAAUAUACUAACUUGUAUGUAACGUGAUUUGUUAAAUGGUGAUCCGCAACAUCGAAAAUUAGCAACGAAGUGUACUUCCAUAGGUGCAAUAAAGUUAAUAAUAAA